AAUCUCUCUUUUUUCAUUUUCCUUUUUUUUAUUAUUAUUUUCAAAAACCCUAAUUCUAUUACGGGCAGUUUGAGCCUCGAAAUACCUAUCUCCCUCUCUCUUUCUCUCUCUCUCGCUCGUUCGCUCUCGCUCUCGCUCUUUCUGUGUGUGAAGAAGCUCUCAACCAGUGAACCGCGAUCCCUCCAUCGAUCUGCUACCAAACUCACAGGUGUGUUAAGUAUGUCUGGUUGUUCACACAAGUGGAGUAUGCUGAAACUUUUAUUUCAACCAAUGUAAUGCUUGGCAGACACUGAAAGCAGAUGCUAUGAGGUCUGUAUAUUAGUUGUUGAAGAGGUUGCUGCUUUUACUGGUAAUGAGCAGCCACAAGAAGAUUUUGACCACUUGGAUGGAGUAUUUGAUUGUCAGUUACAAAUUUAUGGUGGAAGAGGAAACAUCAGCAACUAGUCAGGCCAUGAAUAUUUUUGUUUUACUUAGAUGUCUCCAGCUUCCAGAUCUAAGUCCAAGGACAAAAAGGCCAGCAAGGAACCCCAGAAGCCUUCUGCAAAGUCUUCGGUACCUGCUAAUGCAGGUAGUGGUAUCCCAGCUAGUGCAUACAAUCCACUUUUGGGAACAUUCCACAACCUUGAAAUGUCACCAACAUCCUCAGCUUCACCUCUUCACACUAAUGGUCGCUUUGGGAACAUAGAUGAGACAGAUGAGCAUCCUGGAGGCUUGCUUGUAGCUGGGGUUGAGUAUGACUCUGUCUCCAAUAAUGGUAGCUGGUCUGGCGAGUCAGAAGACCAUAAAGAAAAAUCAUCAAAUCUUCCCAUCCGGCAAGAAACAAUACCAGGUGCUGAUGGUGACAAACGAGAGAAAAUCCGCCAGAAGAACGAAAGGAAGCAUCAGCGUCAAAAGGAGAGGCGAGCUCAGGAAUUGCAUGAACGUUGCAGUGGCUAUCUCAUGUCCAGAAAGCUUGAAGCACUUGCUCAACAGCUUGUGAUAAUGGGAUUUCCACACGAGAGGGCAACAAUGGCCCUCAUAUUGAAUGAAGGUAAAGUAGAGCAAUCAGUAAAUUGGCUGUUUGAAGGUGGUGAAGAAACAGAAAAUCAUAGGGAUCAAAACCUUGCUGGGAGUAAUCUGAAAAUUGACAUAUCAGAAGAGCUUGCUCGGAUUACAGAUUUGGAAACAAGGUACAAGUGCUCAAAGCAGGAAGUUGAAAGAGCUGUUGUUACCUGUGAGGGUGAUCUUGACAAGGCGGCAGAAACUUUAGAAGCAAUGAAGGAAGAUCCACCAUCCGCUCCACCUAAACCAGAAGAAACUGGUGAUCCUCCUACUCUUACUAAUGGCAAGUUUUCAGUUGCUGCUGGUAACAUGAGACUACAAAUGAAACCAAAUCUUCCUACAAUACAACAGAAAAGAGAUGAUAAGGAUUUCAACUACACAAAAGCUGCAGUUAUGGUUGUAGGGUCUUCAGAACCUGGGAACAAAAAUGUGCAGCAGCUUUUGAAGAGAAGUCAACCGAAGUUGGAUUGGGGAAAACCCCAACAAAUUGCGAUGCCAGCAGAGAAAAGGUGGCCAAAUGGUGGAUUAAAUCCUUCAGCUUCCUAUUCUUUGGCAUCGCCAUUGCAGGUGUCGACUCCGCCAGCCAAGACAGAACCCCGCUAUUUGGCCAUUGGAAAUGAAUUCAAGAAUCUUCAGCCUGGAACAGUGAGGGAACCAGUUAAAAUGAUGCAGCGGCCACAACCUCUCAAUACAAAGCAGAUUCCAACCACUAGCAUGAGCUCAUCACCUCCUGGAACAGCUGCCAGUUGGUAUCCUACUAAUGGUGUCGAAGUUAUGAAACCCAAUGGCUUUUUGCAGCAAAUUCCUAGCACUAGAAGUCUUAGUCCAAACAAUCUGAGCUCAAAUCAGAUGUACCACCAACUUCAAUAUAAGCAACAGCAACAGUAUAUUCCCAGCAGUAACCCAGGAGAUUCCCCAGUAUCCAGCCGAGGGAAUGGUUUAUGGAGUAGAACAGGUGCAUCUCCUACACUUGCCGCUGCUUCAUCCCUUGGACUCUUCUCUGGGUUGGGUUCAACUGGCUCUUCAGGGGCAUCUUCUCCGGUAGACUGGAGCACUGGUGGCUCAAUGUCGCACCUGGAUUACUCAAGCAUAGAUUGGACUUUGGAUAGAGGUUUGUCUUCUCCAGGUCCGAAUGGGUUGUGGCUAGGGAUGCCUUCUUUUACGAGGAACAAUACCCACAUAUAUGAUUCAAAUACUUCCCACAUAUAUGAUUCAAAUACUUCAGGAAUUAGUGCUCAGCCAGCCAUGAGAUCAGUGCCUAUCACAAAUGGUGUGUCAAUAGCAGGGUUGCAGGACAGUGGAGUGGUCACAUCUGAUACAUCUGCUUCUGGUUCUAGGGAGUGGAGUUCCCCCUUUGAAGGGAAAGAUAUUUUUAGUUUAUCCAGACGGUUUGUUUCUUCUCCGUCUCUGUAAUGGGUGAGGGGAAAGGGUUUUAAUGAAUAAAAUGGAAAAAGAAAAAGAAAAAGGAAGACCCCAAAAAAAUAUGUGCGUGGAUUUGAUCAUUGUUGGUUCUUAUGAUGCUAUGGUGUUUGUUAUAUUGUUGGUGGAUAAGCUUUUAGUGAAAGAAAACAUCAAAGCAUCAUUUGCUUGAUUUUA